GAUAGGUGUUGUGAUUUAUAUAAGUUAUUCUUAAGAUAAAAACACUUGUAAUUAGUUGAAAAAAAGUAUGAAGCGAUUUAGAAUACAUGAAAAAUCAAUACAGAUCAAAAAAGUCAUUAUGAAUGAAGAAAUGCAAAUGGACGUUAUAAGCACUGUCGUUGCAGCAUUGCAUAUUUAUGGAAAUGAAUAUACACAAAUGAAGAAAUUCAUUGAAAGCAAGCUGAAUAAACGCUAUCUCCCUACAUGGCAUUACAUAACCGGAUAUGAUGUGGAUAGCUCACUACUAAUGCCUGUUCAAUACUUAAUUUCAUUUAAAUGUGAAGAGAAGAAUGUUACUGUUUUCAAAACAAUCUAAAUAUACAAUAAUUAU